UCAUAUGCGUAAAUUGUGCGCAACAUUGAGCGCCAAACAACACGAAGCCACUCCCAUCAGUUCAUCGCAGGAUGCACAGCGUCAAGUCAUGGACCAAAAUGACAAUGACCUUCAAGGAACCGAUGGUUCGGGAUCCCUUGGAGGUCUUGAUGUUCGCAGACAGAUCCCAAUCAAGUUACUGUCGAAACAGACGGAAAGAGGCAAGCUGCCUGUCCGACCUCAGCGUCCCAACACCAGACUGCCCUCAAAAAGUGAAGAAGAGCCGUUCAGCUAUAACCAAGAGGAAAGAUUUGAGUGUAAAUCUGGAGAUGCUUAUGGAAACCAGCGAAGAUUUCCUCAGCCAAUCUUCUGGGAUUAUAAGCUCAACUUGAUAGGACUUAAAGAUGACACUCCGGUUCAUUUUUGUGACAAGUGUGGUCUGCCUAUAAAGAUCUAUGGGCGAAUGAUACCCUGUAAGCAUGUUUUCUGCUAUGACUGUGCAGUGCACUAUGAGAAGAAAUGUGAUAAGAUGUGCCCUGGUCUGUCCCUCUACAGCUGCUCAGACGCGGUCCAACGCAUCGAGCAGUGCCAGCGCGGCUCGCUCUUCAUGUGCAGCAUCGUGCAAGGCUGCAAACGCACCUACCUCUCGCAGCGAGACCUACAGGCCCACAUCAACCAUCGCCACAUGAGGGCCAGCAAGACCGGAACCUCUCGGCCGGAUCCACCUCACCCGACUCUGGCCUCGGACCCACCAGAGCGCUUCCGGUUUCCACCGCCCCCUCACCUGGUCAAAACACACGCUCUCGUUCCUCCCCCGCUGCAAGGACACGAUACCUACAACCAUCCGCAUCCAUCCUCUCCCUCUGAUCUGGGCCCCUCCCCACGGCCCCUCCCCCCAGAGACCUUCCGAAUCGCCACAGUGACUACACGCAAGCAUAGCAACCUCAUCACGGUGCCCAUUCAUGACGACUCGGGGAGCUCAGGCCCUUCCCCCCGUGAGCCACACCCACACACCCCUCCCGGCCCGCCUCCGCAUCAUCACCCUGGCGAUUACUCCAGCCAACCAGUGGUGUCCCACCCGCAUCAUAUCAUGCCUCCACCACAACAGCCACAUUACGUGCCUCCGCCGCCCCCACCUCCCCCUCUCAGCAUCCCCAUGCAGCACCCGCCGCAGGGCUCUGCUACGCCUCACAUGGUUUACAACCAAGCACCUCCCAUGUCGACACCACCUCCACCCGGACACAUCAUCAGCCAGUUACCACCCUACAUGAACCACCCUCCACCUGGACCAGUUCCCCCGGUCGGUGCGCACCACUACAACCCAAACUCAAUGCCACAGGACCAAGGCACUCUUAGCCCACCUUUCACCCAACCAGGUGCCAUGAGCCCGGGGAUGUGGCCCAAUCCUCGCGGCCCCCAUCCGCCCCGCAUGCAGGGGCCCCCACCACAGGGACAAAUGCCAGGGCCUCACCAUCCCGACCAGUCACGAUAUAGACCUUAUUACCAAUAGCAUCCUGCCUUUAUCGGCUCUAUCAGACAUAGAUGGAUAACCAUAUCUAGUCAGAAACAACACUAAGCUGCCUGGGAUGUUUGUCUCCACUGAUAACUUACACUAUGAUGAUCCCCAUUACUGGCAUUUUUGUACUAAUGUCCCUCAUUCAGGGAGGGAGUAAUGGAAUAAUGAAUAGUUGAGUGUGAAAUUUUUUUUUUUUUUUUUGGUUGGAAGAAUUUAACAGUUUUGUUUGAAACAUUUACAUAAUGUUGUAUUCAACAACUGCAAUAAAUGAAACUUGAAUUCUGUUUAGAUUUUUGGCUUGAUAUUCAUGACUCUUGGGUACACAGACUGAAGCUAGUUGAAGUGAUAAUCACCCCAAAAUAUUAAAUUCUGUCAUUUACUCACAAACCAUGAAAUGCCAACUAAGAUAUUCGGAAGGUAUUUGGGCAGAGUUUUCAUUUUUUGGUGAACUAUGUCUUGAACAGUUAUAAUUUGGAAAUGCAUUACAUUUACUUUUACAGUCUGAACGACUAUUCACAGAAAAUCGUGUAGUGUAUGAUGGUCACAGAAUCAGAUUUUUAUUAUUUUUUUAAUUAGUUUCAGUCUUUGAUUUCAUCCAUAUGAAACAAUACUUUAAGCUUUGUUUUCGUUAGUCAUGCUGAGUGUGUUCGGUGUGAUCCUCAGUCAUUUACUGAAUGAUGUACAGUUUUUCUAUUUUAAGACAAUUAAAAGGCUGGCAAGUGUAUAAAGUCUAUUUAAAAAUCUGCUUUAAAAGGUUGUGUAGUGUAUUUCAGGCUUGAGUCAAUUUUCAUUCAAUAUCAGUAGCUUGUAAAGAAAUGUUUAAAGCACUUAAAAACACUUUUGUAAA